GUGACACUCAUCAUUACGCUGUCAUCGUCGGCAUUUCUCACUUCACCAUCAUGUCAAAUCGUAUCGUUUCACAGCGGAUGCUGCUGCAUCUCAACCGGCGGCCAGCCAUUACUCGGCGAAUGGUCAACAACGCCGUUCGAGGCAAGGUCACCAGCCCCCCACCCAAGCAAAGCCCUGUUGGGUUCACCCCGACGGGAGCAUGGGCACUGGCGACUAUGACCGGUGUGCUGGGCUACUGGGUUUCCCUCCAGCUCAACCCGCCACCUGCCAAGGCCGUUGCCGCUGGUUCCUCUCCUGCAUCUGUGCCUUCAGCCUAUGGCACCUCGGAUGACCUCCAGAAAUGCUUGGAGGAGCUCCGGGCGGCCUUUCCCAGUGAACAGGUGAGCACGAACCCGAAUGUCAUACACGAGCAUGGGUACUCGACGAACGCCCAUCAUCCUGCCGCGGAUCCCAGUGUGGUCGUGUAUGCGCAUAACACCGAGGAUGUCGUCAAGGUUGUCAACCUUUCCCGGAAGUACAGGAUCCCCAUCUCACCCUAUUCUGGGGGGACGAGCCUGGAGGGCAACUACGGCUCGAUAAACUACGCCGGGAUCAGCCUCGACCUCUCAGCCAUGGACAAGGUGCUCGAGAUCCACGAGAAGGACGGUGACAUGGUUGUGCAGGCCGGAUGUCGAUGGGACGACCUCAAUGACCUGCUCAAGGACAAGGGCAUCCCGCUGUUCUUCCCGCUGGAUGCGGGUCCGGGUGCCACCAUCGGUGGGAUGAUUGCAACUGGUUGCUCGGGGACAAAUGCAGUUCGUUAUGGGACUGCGAAGGCAGAAUGGUUCCUGAACGCGACGGUUGUUCUUCCGUCGGGCGAAGUGAUCAAGACUCGGCGGAGAGCUCGGAAAUCCUCUGCUGGGUUCGACACGACCAAAUUGUUCAUCGGCGCAGAAGGAACUCUUGGGAUUGUAACAGAAGCGACUAUUCGGCUGGCACCUCGGCUUCCCACCUCCGUUUCGGUGGCUCAGUUCCCUAAUGUCGAAUUAGCCACUGAGGCCGUUACGGAGAUUCUUAACAAAGGCGUUCCCAUCCAAUGUGUCGAGCUCUGCGAUGACAAGCAAAUGGAGGCGAUUAACCGUGGCGGAUUCGCAGGGCGCAGCUACCCGGAAGUGGACAGCAUCUUUUUCAAAUUCCAGGGCACACCCGCAUCGAUCAAGGAGGCCUCGAGCAUUACGCAGAAAAUCUGCAAGGCGCACGGCAGUACCGGGUUCAUCAGCGCCAAGAACGAGCACGAGGCGGACGACCUCUGGCAUGCGCGGAAGACGGCACUGUGGAGUAAUUUGGCUAUGGUCCCUGGAAGCAGGGCAUGGAGCACGGACGUGUGCGUCCCGAUGUCCCGCCUCCCGCAGUUGGUGCAAGAGACGAAGGAGGACCUGGCCCAGCACGGAAUUGUCGGUAUGGUUGUGGGACAUGUUGGAGACGGCAACUUCCACACGAGCUUGCUGUUCAAGAAUGAGGAAGAACUGGACAAAUGCAAGGAGGCCGUGCACAGGAUGGUGGAGCGUGCUUUGGCUCUUGACGGCACCUGUACAGGCGAACACGGUGUUGGGAUUGGCAAGAGGGAAUACUUGUACGAGGAGCUCGGGCCGGGGACUGUCGAACUCAUGAAGACAAUCAAGAACACCCUGGAUCCUUAUAACUUGUUCAACCCCGGCAAGCUUUAUCCCGACGAGCAACCGGCCUCGGAGAAGCAUUAAAUUGAUUUCUUCUGGGGACGGCAUAGACUGCUGUUG